AUGGUAGAGAUUUCACAAGUUGAGGGCGACCAAGGUGAACAAGGUCAACGAGGUGACCAGGGAAGUCCUGGUGCAACGGGAUUUGGUGGUGCACCUGGCAGAGAGGGUUCAGAUGGAACUCCGGGUGCACAAGGACCACGAGGAAGAUCUGGUGAACCUGGAGCAGGUGGACCGAUUGGUGCGCCAGGACCUACUGGUUCUGUUGGAGCAGAGGGACCUGCAGGUCUACCCGGUGAGACCGGAGAUACUGGGGGAAACGGGGCUCCUGGGGGCAAGGGAGAACAGGGAGCCACGGGCUCCCCAGGCCCUCGAGGAAGGCCCGGCCCAGCAGGGCCAGUGGGACAACCAGGUGACAAAGGAGAUGCUGGCGCAACUGGCAGACGUGGAGUCAAUGGACGCUCAGGCUACAAGGGUGACACGAUUCCUUUAAUAUUACUACCCGAACAAUACUACCGGAUUUUGAUAGUUUUGUUUAGCUGGAUUUGCUGUGCAUCACUUUUAAUAAGUAAGAAUUUCUCCGAUUAUUUUGAGCAGUUUUUCCAGCAAAGAAGUAUUCCUUAUGACCCGGAGUAUUUGUUUGGUGACUGUCAGCAAGCUGUGCAAAAUGUACACAAAUCUGGAAAGAUGUAUCAGGCGGUCAUCAGUGAUAUAGACAAAUACCUCAAGAGGAGCCCUCGUCUGGGAGAACUGCUUAAUAGACUUGUUUCUUCAGGGAAAGUGCUGUUCUUAAUAACCAACAGUGGCUUUGAGUUUGUGAAGAAAGGCAUGGACCACAUGGUUGGCAAGGGAUGGCGUGAUCUUUUUGAUGUCAUCAUAACACAGGCUCGCAAGCCUUCUUUCUAUCAUCAGCAAGCUUCAAGACCAUUUAGAUGCCUUGACACCAGACUGUAUCGUCCACAGUGGCAAAAGGUUUCAGCUUUGUGUAAAGGACAAGUUUACUUGGAGGGAAAUAUUGAGCAGUUCAUAAAAUUUACUGGCUGGUAUGGUCCAAAUGUGCUGUACUUUGGAGAUCAUGUUUACAGUGACUUGCGAGAUCCUGUUUUGCAUCAUGGCUGGAGAACUGGAGCUAUAAUUCCUGAACUAGAGUGGGAAAUCAAGCAAAGUAACUCGCUGGAUUUCAAGCGUUCUGUUGUGUGGUUAAGUAAUAUUCAAGAUCUGAUCAUCCAGCUGAAGGCCUUUCCCCCAAGCGCAAGAAGAGCACACCUUCUAGAAGGGUGGAAACAAGAAAGAAGAGAACUAAGGUAUACGUUGAAAGCGAUGUUCAACCCAAGAUUUGGCAGCGUCUUUAGGACGUAUAACAAUUCCACUUAUUUCACACGGCGUUUGGUGCGCUUUGCUGAUCUCUACAUGUCGUCAGUUGAGAACCUGCUGAACUAUCCCAGCAACUACACCUUCUACCCGCGCAGAACAGCGCUUCCGCACGAGGCAGUGUUGGAUUUCAGAUCAAGUGGAAUUCCUGACCAGCGCAUAUUUCCUAAUACUUAAGUAAAGCUACUUAAGUCUGCUAGUGUGGAAAGUGUGAGAAAGUGGCCAGGGUGUUGAUUUUGGCCAGAAUUGAAGCACAAAUACCCUGGCGUCUUAUUAGACAAAGUGUUCCUUAAAAGGUACUUAUGAUAGUUAGAGUGGUUUUCAACUGAGUGUCGUAAAACCAAAACCAAAGUAAUCACUCUAGCCAAUAACAAAGGAC